AUGGCAGCGCCUUUCAUCCUUCCGGCAAAACUGCUCCUUCAGGAUCUGUGCAGAAAGAGUUUGGGUUGGGAUGAUGAGAUUCCCAGCGACUACCUAUCUCGUUGGCGUGUGUGGCUAAAUGGUCUACCGAAACUUUCCCAGAUGUCAAUGGGCCGGUGCGUUAGGUGUGGAUCUGGUAACAUUGUGUCAAGUGAGAUUCACCAUUUCUGUGAUGCCUCUCAGUCGGCCUUUGGAGCUGUUUCGUAUCUUCGACAGGUUGACUCCGAUGGCCAAAUCAACUGUUCUUUCCUUCUCAGAAAAUCUCGUCUCGCCCCUUUAAAACAGGUCACUAUCCCACGUUUAGAGUUAGCGGCCGCCAAUAUGUCCAUCCGUUUAAACAAAGUAUUGAAGAAGGAGUUGGAGAUUCCGAUUGAUGCAAUCACUUUCUGGUCUGAUAGCAUGACUGUGUUGCGUUACAUUGGAAACGAAUCCAAGCGCUUCCACACUUAUGUCGCCAACCGUGUCGCCUUCAUUAGAGAGGAUUCCAGUCCCUCACAGUGGAGACACAUCGACUCAAAGUCUAAUCCUGCAGAUGAUGCUUCACGAGGAGUUACUGCAGAGUCCUUCACUAAGAAUGACCGCUGGAUAAAGGGGCCGGCGUUUCUGAGAAGAUUUGUGAUGAGGAGAAAAGUGUCAAAGGAGAAUUGUUUGGAUACUGCUGACGUAUCUGGAACGAAAUUGGUGACAAACGCAGAGCUGGAAGAAGCCGGAAAAGAGAUUAUCAAGUUCGAGCAGAAUCGCACCUUUGCAGAAGAAUUAGAAGCCGUUAAGGGAGGUAAAUGCGUCAAGGGGUCAAGUGCACUCGCAAGAUUAGAUCCGAUCUUGACCGAUGGUCUUCUUCGUGUUGGCGGGCGCCUUAGCAGGGCUACCCUAUCAGACGACUCUAAGCAUCAGAUUAUCAUUCCUAAAGAUUCUCAUCUAGCUCGUCUGCUUGUGAACCACUUUCACCAGAAAAGCGGCCAUUCUGGUAGAGAAUAUGUCCUGGCUCUGUUGCGCGAACGUUUCUGGUUGAUUCGUGCCAACUCUACUGUUAGAAGUGUGCUUUCAUCCUGCUUUGAUUGCAAACGACGACAAAGUCCUGUUGGAGAACAAAAGAUGGCAAAUCUGCCUCGGCCUCGAGUUACACCAGAUCAACCCCCUUCACGUGCGUGGGGAUAG